AUGGCCGUACCCUCCGGUCCUUCCAGUAACCUAGACAAACGGUCUAUUACCUGCCUUAAAGUCGGGGAAUCAGCAACGGCGACCUGGACCAAUAGCGCUGGGCAAACUUGUACUUUUGUCGGAGUGGUUGGGAGCAACUACGGUGCCAACAGCGCAGGCAAUGGGGACUACUCUUGCAACGGCCGCUGUGGUGCAGGUUGCACCGGCACCGCGCUAGGGAACCGGAGGCGCCAGGCAAGUUUAACCCAUGUUGACGUUUUAGCUAAGCUUGCGCCUGACGCUAACCAUGCAACACUGGCAGUGAUCCAAACUGCGGCGAUGCUUACAAUGCAGCCGUUGACGAUACCGCGGGAGGACUUGUCGCUGGCUGCUCGCAGACGAAUCCUACCAACUCGGUGUCUCCGCCGAAUUCCAGCCCUGUUUGUUCUUGAUAGGGUUGUUACUUUCCAACGUGGCUAG